AUGUAUCUGUCUAUCUGUUUAACUAUUCAUCACAUUCACAUCGCAUUCACAUCACAUUCACAUCACAUUCGUAUCACAUUCACAUCACAUUCACAUCACAUUCACAUCGCAUUCACAUCACAUUCACAUCACAUUCACAUCACAUUCACACCACAUUCACACCACAUUCACACCACAUUCACAUCGCAUUCACAUCACAUCCACAUCCACAUCCACAUCCGCACCCACACCCACAUCUCCACACCCACAUCUGUAUAA